AUGGCCUACAUCCACAACUGGGAGGAAUUUGUAAAAGCGGCUGAAAAGCUGUGCCUCACGGAGCCCAUGAAGGUUCAUGUGGUCAUUAAGUAUCGACACUGCGCUGGGCUUCUCUCUGUGAAAGUGACUGAUGAUGUUGUGUGUCUGCAAAACAAGACAGACCAAGCUCAGAAUGUGAAGAAGUUUGAGAAGUUCCAGAACCAGUUGAUGCAUCUCAUAGUUUCCCGAGAAUCUCGCUGCAACCUGAUGGAGAUGGACUAA